ACCUGCCCCAAGACAUGUCACUCAACGCUGUGCACAUUGAGAGAAAUACAGCGGUGGACAUUUAUUGAAACAGCUUAAAAGAAACUUAAAAUUAACAUCUCAUUUCCUAUCAACAGGUUUUCUUUAACCACGACUUCAAUCUUUCCCCAUCACUGAUUUAACUUAAAGUAGAGCUGAUGUUUUUACAGAAGGGGCCAUAGAUCAACAAAACCCACCAGUAGGUCACGUUAGAGCACAGUGACGAUCUAUUUUGGGGAAAAGUUUGAGGACUUGAUCAAGCAUUUAUAACAAUAGUGACUUUACAGUGACACAGACGAAGAGCUGCCUCCCUACAUCCUUUUUUUAGUUUUGACUAGUGCCCCUAUGUGUCCAAGUCAUGCCAAUACAAAGUGUUUGUGCUCUCAUUAUAGUUACUAGUCAGUCAUUGUACAGUAACCUGGCAACCCAAAUAUUUGUCUCUAUUGUCUGUGCUCUCUGACUCCAUCACUUUAGUAGAUAAUACGUUUUUUUUUUCCCACAUAUUUUCUCUGUAUAGCAGCAACAACACAAUCACAGACCUUCCCAAAUGUCUUUUUAUAUUCUCCAUCAGUUUUGCAGUUUAGCUUUAAUGUCUAAAACUCAGGAUCCAGCAGCUCCAGCAAAUUUACCACCAUUCUUCAUCCAAGUGAAUAAUAAUACUUCAGACACUUUACUUUAGACUUCAUUCAGCCAAAAUCAGUAGAAGAUAAAAAUGUUGUUGGUCUAUUGGCAACCAAAGUGUCCCUCAUUCCUCCAUACACAUCUGAUAACUGCUUAGUAGAUAAUUGAAUAUACAGCCUAUAUAUUUUUCUUGUAUUCCUAUGAAAGUCAGACUAUUUUGUAUGUCACAAGAUAAAUUAUUACGACUGAUCUCUAUUCUGUCCCUCCCAUGCAGCAAACAUCCCCUGACCACAUGUUUCAGCAGAAAACUAUGCACCAAAAUGAGGAAGUUAUACACUCUCAAAAUGUUGUCUCACAGUGACAUCAAAGGAAUUUUUAGUCAUUUAGUUGAAGCGUUAAGAGAUGCUUUAACCGAGCAGGUUCCUUAUCAGCGGAGUGUUGCAUAAGACUAACUGCCAGAUUCUGGGGGACAUGUACAUUGGAGAGAGGUCGUAUUAAACCAGUCCGACACCAGCAGACCUCAAAAACUGAACCAAGCUUCAAAUGUCAAAAUCACUGAGGUACGUGGUGCAAGUUUUGUUUUGAUAUCUGCAGAACGAAGUGGGAAAGGAAGCAGCUGCUGACACACCUCCAUCACCUUAAGCAAGGUCGUGGUUUGGACAUGUGACCUGAGACACUCGGCCAUAAAAGCCUGUUAUGGGCCCCGCUAGUCUCACACUGCUGGUCAUGAUGAAGGGGCUGCUCGCAUUUGCCGCGCUGUUCGUGGCCGUUCUCGGCAAGGAAACGUUUGAGGGGCAUCAGGUGCUUCGCAUUGUUCCUAAGGAUGAGGUCCAGCUGGCUCUUAUCAAGGACCUGGAGGACAUCAUCGAGUUCGAGCUGGACUUCUGGAGGGGUGUGACUGAGGUGGCAACUCCUGUGGACGUCAGAGUUCCCUUCCACAGCCUGCAGUCCACCAAGAUUUACCUGGAGACCAAGGAGAUUGAGUACUCCAUCAUGAUUGAGGACCUGCAGGUGAUGCUGGACGAGGAGCAGGAGGAGAUGGACUCUGCUGCUCGCGUCGCUGAGCCCAGAAACACUGACAGCUUCGACUUCUCCAGGUACCACACCAUCAACGAGAUCUACAGCUUCCAGGACAUGCUGGUGGCUGAGAAUCCCAACAUGGUCAGCAAGAUUGUGAUUGGUCGCAGCUACGAGGGCCGUCCCCUGAAUGUGCUCAAGUUCAGCACCGGUGGAACCAACCGUCCUGCCAUCUGGAUCGACACUGGAAUCCACUCCAGAGAGUGGGUCACUCAGGCCAGCGGCACCUGGUUCGCCAAGAAGAUUGUGACUGACUAUGGACGUGACCCCGCUCUGACCGCCAUCCUCGACCAGAUGGACAUCUUCCUGGAGAUGGUGACCAACCCUGAUGGCUACUACUUCACCCACAACAGCAACCGUAUGUGGCGUAAGACCAGGAAGCCCAACAGUGGCUCUAACUGUAUUGGAGUCGACCCCAACAGGAACUGGGAUGCUGGUUUUGGAGGAGCUGGUGCCAGCGGCCAACCCUGCUCCGAGACCUACCGUGGACCCAGGGCUGAGUCCGAGUCCGAGGUCAAGUCCAUCGUGGACUUUGUGAAGUCCCAUGGCAACUUCAAGGCCUUCAUCUCCAUCCACUCCUACUCCCAGAUGCUCCUGUAUCCUUACGGCUACACCAGGACUCCAGCCAAGGACCAGGCCGAGCUGCACGCUCUGGCUAAGAAGGCCAUCAGUGACCUGGCUUCCCUGUAUGGUACUAGAUACAGAUAUGGCAGCAUCAUCAACACUAUCUACCAGGCCAGUGGUGGCACCAUUGACUGGACCUACAACCAGGGCAUCAAGUACUCCUACACCUUCGAGCUGAGGGACACCGGUCGCUACGGCUUCAUCCUGCCAGCCAAUCAGAUCAUCCCCACCGCCAGGGAGACCUGGCUGGCUCUGAUGGCCAUCAUGGAUCACACCUACAGGAACCCAUACUAAAAUGGGCAAAUGUCACCUGUUACCUUUCUCUCAGGACUAAUAUCACCAUCAUUAUACUGCAUGGAAAAACCACUAACAGAUGAAUAAAAGAGCACACUGGAGAAA